UAUGAAGAUACUUCUAGGUUCAGUUAAGUACGUAGAACCAGGAUUCAUGAUUGACAUUCUUAUGGAGACCAAUAUUAUGGGCGAACAAUAUACCUUAUAUAUCUCACAUGAGGAUAUAGUACACUUUGGACUUAUGGAAGAAAUCGGCGCAUCUUGCAUUUCAUUCUAUAUCAGUAUAAUAUAUUCCGAGUUGUGCGAUAGAGAGAUAUCACACUUUUUUGGUUUCAUUGAGCCAUCGUGGUCAUCGAGAAUUGGGACAAAUAUGGAUAAUCGGGCUGAAAUUAUCUCAGAGCGUAUCAAUAACACAGUAAUGGGUCAAACUUGGUUAAUGCCAUACCAUUUCUUACGUCACUGGAUGUUAGUGAUCAUUGAUCCAGAUGACCAUACAUGUUACUAUCUUGAUCCACUUACAAAAUCUCCUCCAAAUGAUUUGAAGAACCUUAUGAACAAGUAAUACAUUUGAAACUCAUUUUAGAAUAUAAUAUGGUUAUUUGAUAUGGAAAUAAAAAAUUAA